GUGUCCAAGAUGGAACAAUGUCCCACACGGUACGCUGUUUUGAUUGGCGUAGACUGCAAGUGGUAUCAAUGCCUACAAUGGCAGGACAGCGUAUUGCUGUGGCGAUUCUCCAGUCAAUAUCAAGUUGUUCUGAUGGAGCAUUUAUCUCCCCUAGUCUAUGAAUACAUAUCAUUGUUUGCUCGGCAUGACAGAAAAUCACAACUCCAGCCUUGCCCCGAAUCGAUCCCGGAAAUCCAAGGUUAAAUCUGGCUGUCGGACUUGCAAGUUGAGAAAGAUAAAAUGCGAUGAACAUCGUCCGAUGUGUAUGCGGUGUUAUUCGACUGGUCGCGUAUGUGACGGAUAUGGGAUCUGGGGCGGAGGAGGAAAUUUCUAUGGCAGGCGUCUACAACAGCCGCUUGCUCUGAUUAAUAUACCAUUUACGACGGUCCUGAACCUGACACUCGAUGAGAAACGAAGCUUCGAAUGGUACAAGUGCAGAGUAAAGCCGAAAGUGCAUGGUCUUUUCGUCCUGGCGUUCUGGGAGACAUUACUCUUCCAAACAGCUCUAAGCGAACCGGCGGUAUUGCAUGCUGUUUUGGCUAUCAGUUGUGUCCAUGAGACCGAGGUCAACCAUUAUGCAAAUCAAGUCACUCAGAACGCGAGUAGGGACUCCAGAGGUGACAAAGAGAAGCGAAUUCUGAAGCAUUAUUCAAAAGCCAUUCGUCAUUUGCAGCCGUACCUCUCCGCUGACGGUAGACUAUCUGCUCGCCUGGUUAUGGUAACGUGUGCGGUCUUCGUCUGUUUAGAGCUCCUUCGCGGCAAUUUCAAGACAGCCAUAUUUCACCUAGAGAGCGGAGUCAACGUUUUGCGAGAAGUUCAGAAUCGCUAUCCAGUAGUUGAUGAAUGGAUUAUCGAAGUGUUUGCGAGGUUAUCGAUUCAGGUGGCUCUCCUGAAUCAGCAUCGACGAUAUCCAUUGGUCUAUACAUUCAACAGUCCAGAACAUUCUCCUCCAUAUGACGUAUUCCAUAACUUCAAUCAAGCUUGGCAUUACUUGGAAUCCAUCUUAUUCAGAAUACUCGAGUUGUCCAGUUGCAUCCGACGGCAAAAGCCACCGGCUUGCUUGGUAUUCGAUUCAUACAUGCAAUUAUUUCAGAGGCAGGUGGACAUUCAACUAGACCUCGAACGUUGGCUCCACACUUAUGAACGAUCAAGAGAUCCUCUACAGACUCCUUUAGGGCAGGAUGUAGAAUCAUUUGCAUGUCACCUACUACUCAGCCAUCACAAAAUCGCCCAAAUAAUGGUGGCUACUUGCCUACGAGAUUAUGAUGAUGAAUCUGUAUUCGACACGUAUAACGACCAAUUUCUGAUUGCUCUCAAUCACUUGGUAACUCUGGUCAACGUGAAAGAACCGCAAAUCUCGGUCCCAGUCGCUUCUGCAUGCUGUUUGAAUAUGUCUAGAUCUGUCAUCGAUAUUGGUUGGAUGUCACCUCUGUAUUAUGUGGCAAUCAAAUGUCGUGUGCAUCGGAUUCGAUUACAGGCUAUCCGAUUACUGGAAUCGAGUAUUCACAGGGAAGGAUUCUGGGAUGCACGGAUUGCGGCGUGUAUUGCCCGGAAAGUCAUGGAGAUUGAAGAAGCGGGGUUCUAUGCAUAUGUUUAUACUGGAGAUGAUUUCAAUCUCCUUGAAUCUCCAAGUACAGAAGAUCUCUCGUUACCACCACUGCCGGAAAACUACCGAGUCCGCGAUGUUGAUGUCACUUUGCCCGAUGGUCCUACGGAUAGUAUCAUAUUGCGUUUCAGACGAAAAGGGCAUUCAGAGAACUGUGGAUUGAUAGAGAAGGAAUACAGUAUGCAGCAGGGGCGGUGGCUAGAUACUUGGGAAGAAGACCUCGAUCACAUUCCACCCCAAUAAGACCUGGGAAGCAUGAAGUUGGGAGUUCAUUUCAGAAUCCGCAGAUACGCUACUAAUGAUUGAAGGUCCCAGAUAAUAGCAAUCCCACAAAAGGAGAGGAAAGUAAAUACCAAAGCAAAACAAGGAACAGGGACAUCGUGUGAUGUGGUGAUCUCAGCGAGGGUUGGAUAUACAGCAUAUUCUCUGCCCAAAGUUGAUAGUACAAACU